AUAUAUAUAUAUAUAUAUAUACACAUACACACAUAUAAAUAUACACGAUCGUAUGUUUGCUUCUAUAUGUUCUGUUUGUGUUUGUGAAUACGUGAAUAUACAUAGCCACAUUAAUAUGUUUAUAGGAUGUACAUAUAUACAUACAAGAUUACUUAUUUGAAAGCAGACUUUUAAUAAUUAACAAGCAGUUGCUGAUCAGCCCAUGAUUGUUAUUUCGUCUAUUUUCAAGUCCAUCUGUUGUUAGUUUAUAUUUAAUUUUUAUUUUUACUUCCCCAUUACUCAAUGAAAAUCACAAUUUUAUUAUCAUUAAUUCAAACCUAUUGCCCUCUACUUGUUUUUCUUUUUUAAUCUUUACCAUUUCUUGAGAAAUUAUCCGUUGUAUAUUCAAUACCACACAUCCUCAUCUUAUGUGUAUCAAUAAAGAUUUGUUAGUUUGGCUGGUUUGUAAUUUCUACUACCAGUUUGUUAUCUUGCCACAUCCGCGUUAACAGAGUUCAUUUUGCACGUGUGCAGUACAUGUUAUAAAAUAAUAAUAAUACCAAGUUCUAUUUUCUGCUGGUCUGUUUGUAGGAUAUAUCAUAAGUUCUAGAAAUCUAACCCGUCUAUCCAUCUAUCCACCCAUUUAUCUAUCUAUCCAUCCAUUUACUGGCACCCAUCCGAGGAUGAAACCUGUCUGUUUACUUCGUUCGUUUUUUCCUUCGUUCGUUCAGUCCAUUGCUGCAACCAGUUUCAUUUGAUGAUUUCUUACUGCAGUAGGGAUAUUGGCAGCGAGUUAAGUUGCUAAUUCUUUUCAUAUGGACGGACAUUCAUUGAUAAAUUUACUGGGUCGUAGUAAGAAUAUAUUUUCAAUGAGAAACAAGAAAAAAAAAAGAAAAAAAAAGAGUACGAUAAUGAACUGACACGUUCGAUUGAGGAAGAGGGUGUGAAAGAAAGGAAGUUGUCUAUGUCGUGUCAAUAUACCAAAUAUGUAUAAUUGCAUGAGUGUAUACAUAUAUAUUUAUAUAAAAAUGAAUGUAUUUGUGUUUUAGCAGACAACUAAUUAAUUAUUUUGGUAUUUUCCUAUUGUUAUUAAAUAUUGCUCUGCAACAGAAAGAACGAACCAAUCAUUGUUAGGCAUCUCUAAAAGGAUAUAAAAUGAAAAUGAAUAAAAAUAAAACGUGAAAACAAAUAAAGAAAGAAACAAACAAGCACAUAAAUAAGAUCAGGUUUAUUGAUCUCCUACUUGAAAUUGUUGCCGGCCAUAAAGUGUGGUAGGGCGGUGUUAACUGUGCGGGUAGUCGUUUUUAGGUGAUAGGGGAAUGUACAAGAGAGGGGAGUGGGAAAUGUACGAAGCAAUAGUCGUGAAAGUGAUAAAUAGCUGAAGACAGCAGAGCACGUCAACAGAAAAUUUGGUUGUUGCGAUUCAAUUGUAUCCAUGUGUUACGCCAAGAACUGUCGUUUAAUGGGACAUUGUUGCAAAGUUCCUUCAGUGCAGCAGCUAUGAUAGAUAAUAGUAGCUGUUGGAUUAGCACAAAACAGAGACAGUCUGCUUGUAGAAUAAAAGCUUCAUCUGGUAUGUGCACAUGGGACCUACUAUGUUUAUCAAUUUUUCUUCAAAUUCGCCCAAUAUUUUUAGGAUAAGAAUGGAGCCUUACUGUCUUAAUAUGUGCAAAUUUUGAGGGUAGAAAUAAUAUAUUACUUUAGGUUUCCCUCCUAAGAAUGGUUGUGUUGGAUCUUGAUAUGAUCAGUAUGGAACUUCCUGAAGUGAGUUUUCAGAAUAUCAUCCGUUGGGGUUCAGCAUCAGCCAUGAUGUUUGGGGGGGUGGUUCCCUUCAUUCCACAAUAUGCUGAUAUCAAACGCUCCGCUAAUGCUGAUGGCUUUUCUACAUUUGUUUGUUUAACACUGCUGGUUGCCAACAUUUUACGAAUAAUGUUCUGGUUUGGCAAAUUUUAUGAAUUUCCAUUAUUAUUCCAAAGUAUCAUUAUGAUUUUAACCAUGAUUGUUAUGAUGCACCUUUGUGUAACAGUGAAACAAAAAUCAGAAAUUAUUGCUUCUAAAUCGAGAACAUUUACAGCAGAUGGGAAAAAAUGCCUCAAAACAGAAGAAUGUUAUUCUUCACAUACAACAUCAUGUUGCCAUGCCAACACACUGCCAGGCCGAACUUUUCUUGAUUUUGAUACACGUUAUUUCUGGAAGUGGACAGACUUUGCUAGUUAUCUACAGUUUUUAAUUUUCUUUGUGGCCUUUCUCACUUUGAUGAACUUCUUAUUCCUUGAAAGUACAUUCUAUGUUGAAACAGUUGGAUUUUUGGCUGUGUUUGCUGAGGCUUGUUUAGGUGUGCCCCAGUUUUAUAAAAAUUUUCAGAAUAAGUCUACUGUUGGAAUGAGUAAAAAAAUGGUUGGUUUUUGGACUCUAGGAGAUGUCUUCAAAACUGUAUAUUUUAUUUUAAGAGCAGCGCCUGCUCAGUUUUGGAUUUGUGGUGUCUUACAAAUAUCUAUUGAUUUGUCUAUAUUUGCACAGGUUUUAUACUAUGGGGGGUUUCAGGGCCGCAUUAUGUCCAAAUCAGCGGUCAGCUAGCCCAGACAAUCUGGAAAUGACUGUGGUGGAAGAAGCAGAACAGCAACCAGAGAGCUAAACAUGGUUAUAUUAAUUUCUGUAAUUUCUUAAAAUUGUUUGUUAUUACUAUGAUUAUUUUCAUCAUUAUUAUCAUUAUUAUUAUUAUUAUUAUUAUUAUUAUUAUUAUUAUUAUUAUUAUUAUUAUUAUUAUUAUUAUCGUUAUUAUUAUCAUGACUUGGUGCAAUCUGACUGGCUUAUGAAAGGUUGACAUGCAUUUAUCAACAUGUUAGAAUGAAAAGUAUGAUGUUAUCAAAUUCUCUGUCAAUCAAUCUAUCUCUGUGUCACUGUCUGUCUUCUUGACUGUCUAUCUAUCUGUCUGUCUGUCUAUCUGUCUGUCUGUCUGUCUGUCUCUCUCUCUAUAUAUAUAUGUUUACAUAUCAUUAUCAUCAACAUUAUUUUGUGUAUAGAAAAUGUGUGUAUGAAUAUUUACAUAAUGUAUAUAUAUUACAUUAUAUGUAAUGGAUAUAUAUAUAUAUCUACAUACAUAUGCUUGUAUGUAUAUAUAUAUAUACAUGCACGCACACAUGCAAAUAGACUGAUACGCACACUCAA